AUGAGUGAUGUCGAUGCAGUCUCUUUACCAGCUGCCCUGGACGUCGGUCAGAACACGCUUGCGGUGAAGCCAGAACUUGGCCCGCCACCUAGGAAUGACCGUGCCGACUCUCGGGUAGAUCAAAAUGUGCAUUCAGAGGAGGAAGGGCCUCCGAGCCCUAGGGCUGAUUCCGAGGCAGAAACAAUAAUUCAAUCAGGUCGAGAAUCCUUGUCGCCUGAAAAGAAAAGAAAGCACAUCAAGCAUGAUCCGAAUCGACGAGAACUAAAUGGAGUGGAUGGACAUCGGCGCAAGAAAUCACGAACCCAUGGCGAACAUGGAAGAGAAAGGGAAAGGGAUCGGUCGCGGUCGAGGGCCCUUUCCCCGUCGAUGGUCAAAAUCGAAAAGAGCGACGAUGCGGAUGGUGCAUUCGAGAGACCGCGCACUUUCCGUAAACGCAGCUUCAGUGACUCUGAGGAACAACACGGUCGCCACUCCUCUCAUCCACGCGAACUCAAACAAAGCAACAAUACACGACUUUCUCGACCACCAUCAAAUACGCGAUCGCUGUCUCCUAACCGAAGAUCUCAUCAGCGCUCUGCGUCGGGAUCUCAAUUCCCAACAAAGAAGAAGGCACCGACACCUUUGUUGACUGGCUUUCCGCGACAAAGCUCCGAGGAUAGAUUAUCAACAUCUUCGUCAGCAAGCGGUUCUCCAUUACCAGGUCUCCACCUCCGUAAGCUUGGUGGUACUGGUGCGUCUGCGUCACCCGCUAAACAAAUGGGACCGAAAAAGCUGCGGGACAAGAGCGGCAGGACUCCUCUCGCAAGAGCUUGCGCCGAUCGGAAGCACGACCAAGUGAUGAUGCGACACGCCGAACGGCCAGAAGAUAUCAACAUCCCUGAUAAUGCGGGGAACACUCCCCUGCAAAUCGCAUCGCUCGCUGGCGAGGCGGAAAUUGUGAAGUUUCUACUUGAUGCUGGCUGUGAAAUCAACACUAAGAACAUUGACAAAGAUACCCCGUUGAUUGAUGCCGUUGAAAACGGAAAUGUGGAAGUGGUCAAACUUUUGCUUGAUGCAGGCGCAAACCCUCGCACCGUGAAUGCUGAAGGCGAUGAGCCCUAUGAGUUGGUGCCAUCGUUUGUGGAUGAAGAUGAAUAUGAUGAAAUGCGCAAAGCAAUUGCUGAUGCUAAGGCCAAUCUGCGGCCUAGUCGACGAUCGGAGGAACACAUGCCACCAGAGAACAGGGAGCCCUCGUCGCGUCGCACAUCGGCAGCCAGAGGCUCAGCAGCAAGUCCCCGAGACUCACCCCCGAUGCGGAGUCCUCCACCUGUGGGUGUCGCAGGCCGGCGAAAGGGUGGCCGAAGUGAAGCUACACGAAAUGAUCUUCUCUGGACAAAGCCGACUUUUGAGAAUCUCCGAGAGUUUGCUGCUAAAGGUGAUGAAGCUGGCGUGGUGAGCAUUCUGAACAUCCUGCAGAAAGCCGACAAUGCAUCUUUGAUUGCUGCGGCAAAGGGGGGCCAUCACGAUGUUUUGUCUCUUCUUUAUGCCAUGGGCGAGGCUGAUGCUGAUCCAAAUCCCCUGCGGGGUCAAAAGCCCGGGUACAACACUCCAUUGCUCGCGGCUAUCGGUCGAGGAAAGAGUGCUGUCAUCAGCCUCAUCUUGAGCCAGCCUGGAUUCGACCCCACACGUCGACUGUUUGAAGAUAAGACGUACUUUGAGUUGUCUCGGGAUCGACAGGGUGAAGACUGGGAGGAUGAGCACAAAAUUCUAAAGGAAGCGUAUGAAAAUUACUCGGGUCCACGCAAAGGUCGCAAAGGUGAUUCACCCCGCCGAGCGCGUGGAAAAGACAAAGACGACAGACGAGCACGCAAAUCCUCAUCUCCCGUUCCUCGCGCAAGGAAGCACGACACCAGUCCCAACGCUACCAGACAUCGCGAUCCUUUGAAGGAAGUCGAUUCUAUCAGAGAGAAGAGGCGCGAAAAAGACCACGACUCAUCACGAUUAGAUCAGUCGACAUGGCCCGAUUCUUCGCGACCCGACUCAUCGAAGCCUAAAUCGUCGCUAUCAGCCAGAAGAGAUAGCGAGUCGAGUGGGGUUGCACGUACUGACGAAAUCAAGAAGCGACGACUCAUCGCGGGACGUCGACCUCAGGAGCGCCGACCUAGUCUCUUCUCAUCAGAUUCAUUGUCUGGGCGCGAAGAAGCUCCCAGGCCACGCGAAGAAGCUUCUAAACCACGCGAAGAGGCUCCCAAAAUGCGUCCUGAUAAUGCACCCGACUCAUCUCUGUCUUUGAAGCGAAUUCGACCGGACAGAUCUCCAGAGCGAUCCCGCUCUCGUGGCACAGACAGACGCUCGCCGUCGCCUGGGUCGCGUCCGAAGAAAAGAAGGGUUUUUUCUGAAGAUAAGCAGCCAGGUGCUGCAAACGCUUCAAACGGAUCCAAAUGCGCCGACGAUGUCAUAAAACCCCACCCCCGACAACUCCACGAGGAAACUACUCGAGCUCCUGAUCCCAAAACUCAACACCCCAGAUCCUCCGAACCAUAUCAACCUCUUUCAAACCGCCAACAUUCACCGACUCAUGAUACCGUUAAGAAGAACGGCGACAUGAAAUUGGAACCUAUCGAACGCAAACCCAAGUCCCCAGAAGACAUGAUGGCCAAUGAGAAGCGUGCCGAACUUGAAGCCAAGGAACGUCGCCAGGCUCAGGCCAAAAAGGCUGAACAAGAGCGCGCAGCAAACGAAAGGCGUGCUGCCGCCGAAGCGGAACGCACUCGCCUUGCCAAAGAAGAAGCUGACCGGGCUGCCCAGGCAGCUCGCGACAAAGCCGAAGAGGACGAACGCAAGCGCAAGGAAGCUGAGCAACGACGUGCCAAACAAGCAGAGGAUGACCGCCAAAAGCGUCUGGAGCAAGAACGUGCUCGUCUUGCUAAGAUGCGCCGUGAGCAAGAGGCGACAGAGCGUCGCCGCCGUGAGGCCCUCCCCACUCGCCUUUCUCUCGCAGCCGACCUGGUGGGUUCGAACGAUCCCCGUGCCAAAAGUCACGCCUGGCUCAAGAACUUCAUGCCACUUGUUACCGCGCUCACCCGUCAACUCGAUCCUCAAUGUGACGUGGAAGUGGCUGAGGAGAAAUGGAUACCGAACUACUUGGUUGCACCAUUGCUGGCCACCAAUGAUCUCCAGCUUUCGCAAUAUGCUAGCUGGGAGAAACGCAAGGCGACUAUAACGCAGCGCAACAAUCUCUGGCGAAUGACUCGCCGCAUGGUGACCCAUGUGGGAGAAUAUGCCGGUCACGGCCCGGUAGUUGGCGAUAUCUUCCAGAAGGAUUGCGAAAACCGUCCUAAGUAUUUUGCAAUGGAGCAUGUCUUCUGGGUUAGACUUGCUGAUUUCAUGGAACUCCUCCCACACGUCCCUCACCUGCAUGGGUUAGAACUUCAAUUCCUGAACAUGCACAUCGAUUCUGAGCCCACCUCGAUUUCCGCCUACAACCAAAUUCAUCACCUCAAUGGUCACAGUCUUGAUGGCGCUGUCGAAACCAAUGGCACCGGCCUUGUCAACGGCCAUGGCCAUUCUCUGUCUAGUACAUACGUCUAG